AUGAAAAUUCUUAUCAGUAAUUGUUGUCUUAUAAUUUUCGUUGCAGUGACUUCUAUACAGGAAGAGAUAUCGUGUCAAGCGUUUUAUCCGGGUUAUGGCGGCCUGCCAAGUGGCAACGACGACGAUGACGACCUCGGUCUUAUACUAACAGUGUUACUAUUAGCCAGACAAAGGCAUAUGGGACGGAGGCACAACGGUUAUAUGGGUUAUAAUACUCCAAACUACUGUAGUUGCUGCAAUGGAGGAGCAACAAAGCGAACUAUUCCUAUACCCUAUCCUAUUCCGUUUCCCACGAACUGUCCUGUCAUUUUGAGACAGCCAAAUAUGCCUUCAAGCAAUGCUGCUAAUAGCACAAGCAAUGCUGGAAGUAAUAAUACUAAUACUCCAACUACUCCAAACAAUACGACGGACGGUUCUUAUGAAAGCUAUGUCUCAGAAGAAGAUAAUUAUGAUAUUAAGUAUACACCGUUGGUUAUCUGCUAUGGCCAGCAAACCACUUUUCUCAAUCAUCAAAACUUCAAGAAACAGCAUGGAAUAUCAGAUAUACCAUCACGACAGAAUAAACCGCUUUGUUUCUCGAACAACUUAACGCAAGACGAAAACGGAAAAACCGCGAAGUCACAACUGAUAAACGCUCAGCAGAUAUUGAAUUCACAAAAUAUGCGGAUUCCACCAGAACCUCAAGGUAGUCAGCAGCCUGGACAGCAACCGAUGGCCCUACCACAAAUCAGUAACCAGCCUCAGUUUAUGUUUUCACCGCAAAUGCACCAACAACCUAUUCUACAGUCCAGUGUGCCACAUAUUAUAACACAAACGCCAACAUGCAAUGGUCAAGUAUCUUCAAGUCACUCUUUUGAUUCACCUCCCCAAGUCCAGCAAACCUACACCAUUCCGUCACCCAUGAUAACGAAUCUACCGUCACAAUUGCCUUGUCAGCAGACCGAGCCACCUUCAUUACCAAUGCAAUACGCUCUAACUACACCACAGCCAACAUUUUCCAGCUCACUAGGAUCCGUUGCACCAAACUUUGUAACACCAAACAUUGUAACCCAGAGUUCACCACCAAGGAACAUACCAUUUAACGUCCAGGGAACUCCACAAAAUAUUUACAACGUGAUACCAAAUGGUGUUACUUCCAAUCCUGUAAAUGCGUUUUCUUAUCCGGGAUACAUUUCAAAUUAUGGUCAGAACUACGAGUCUGUACUGCAACAAGGUCCGUACAGACUUAUAUCUAAUUACAAUCCAAUGAGCUCGUUUAUCACGCCAGCUUAUAACGAGCCGUCUCAGUCUUCCAGUCUAAAGACCUUACUACCAAUCAUUCUUAAUUUGUUGAAAGAGAAGAGUAGCCAUUGUAAUUGCCCCUGUCGGUCAUGCAAUUGUGAAUGUAAGAAGAAACGGACCAGUAGCCCCCAAAUCACUAGCGGUUAUUCGAAACAGAAGAAAUAUCCUCUUAGUGAAGAUGGACCUGAGAUAGAUGUGUUCUCGAAUGAAGAAGAGACUGUAAGGAAUGUUAGAGAACCUAAGAGAACGGGAAAGCUAAAGAAUGUUAUUCCAGAUGUUAGUGAUGAAAGUCACAACGAAUCUUUGGAGUACAAUGAUGGAACUGUUAAGGAAGAGGAAGAGUGA